CCAUUUUAUCAACUUUCUCCAGGAGAGGAGUGGAGGGACUCGGAGGCGCCUACUAAGUUCUGAAACGAGCUUCAAGUGACUGUAGCCUUAGGACCGUGUCUCGACUCCAGCAUUCUUCCUUCUAAGGAAAGUAAAGGCGGGUCCCUGCACUCAGCAUCUGUCCUGGGUCAGCGGAGACAGCUUUUUAGCUAUUGGCGGACAAUUCACCAUAUCGCAGACCUAGGCCAAUUAUACAGCAACUACAUCCAAACCUGGUGAUUCAAUUGUGUUCACGCACCUGCGUUCGUAACGCAAUCACCAUAAGGAGACAACAAUGUUCAAUUUUGGCAGGAAUCGGCAGACUUUCCGACCAAAGAAGAACACGCCCCAAGGGAGUAAAGGAGCUCAGCUUCGGCAACACAUCGAUGCAACUCUUGGAAGUGGCAACCUUCGGGAAGCGGUUCGAUUACCACCGGGGGAGGAUCUGAACGAAUGGCUGGCUGUCAACACGGUUGACUUCUUCAACCAAGUGAACCUUCUGUACGGCACCCUCACCGAGUUCUGCACGCCAGAGAACUGCCCGACCAUGUCAGCCGGGCCAAAAUACGAAUACCGAUGGGCCGAUGGCGUAAAUAUAAAGCGGCCUCUGGAGGUGUCUGCUCCGAAGUAUGUUGAGUACCUAAUGGAUUGGAUUGAGACGCAGUUGGAUGACGAAAGCGUGUUUCCUCAGAAGCUAGGUGCACCAUUUCCGCGGAACUUCGAGGAAGACGUUGUCAAGGUUAUCUUCAAACGGCUGUUCCGGGUAUAUGCUCACAUCUAUCACAGCCACUUCCAGAAGAUCGUGAGCCUCAAGGAAGAAGCUCACCUUAACACUUGCUUCAAGCACUUCAUAUACUUCACACAGCACUUUGACCUGAUAGACAGAAAGGAACUAGCACCCCUGCAAGAACUUAUUGACUCUAUCACGUAGACAGAACGUCUACAAUCACGAGGCGUGAGUCUAAUUGGGCUAAUGAGUGGCAUGGGCCAUUCGGUGCUUUAUAAGCCCAAGUCAUGAAGCCUUGCUUGCGCGAGUCCAGGCAGAAACAAUGCAUAUGUAUAUAAGGGACGAUUUGGAUCAAUCAGGCUGGGGCCUGCAAUGAUUGCGUUCCAGA